AACCACACGUAUCGCGAUACGCGUGCUCCCGACGCUGACAGUAGCAACAGUUUGUGCGAUUUCGCGGCUAGAAAUUUGUUUAAAAUCACCCGAUCACGAUGAGUCUCUCCCGGUUCCGUUUGAUUACGUUUGACGUGCAUAACACGCUGCUGCAGUUUCGUUCGAGUCCGGGCAAAAAAUAUGGCGAAAUUGGUGCAAUGUUUGGUAUAAGCAACAAUAACAACCAGCUGGUGGCGAACUACGUCCAAAGCUGGCACAAAAUGAAUCGGCUCCACCCGAACUUUGGACUAAAGACUAAGAUUUCCUACAAACAAUGGUGGCAAAUGAUGAUAGACGGUAUUUUUAAUGAAAAUGGCACCCACAACACCCCGCCGGAAAAAAUAGAACAAAUGACGGAACAUUUUAUGGAGUAUUUUAAAACGAGUGUCUUUUGGCAGCAUUGCUACGGUUCCGUAGACUUCCUAAACUAUCUGAAGCUCCAACGGCAUGUGGAGUCAGGUGGGCAACGGGAGCCCCCGUUCAAACUGGGCGUAAUCUCCAACUUCGAUCCACGGCUGGACGUGUUGCUGAGAAACAUGAAAAUCAAUCACUACUUUGACUUUGUGCUCAACUCGUACGACGUGGGCUACAUGAAACCGGCACAGGAGAUUUACGAUCGCGCGAUACAAGCAUCAGAAAUUAAGGAUCUCAAACCAGAACAGUGCCUGCAUAUCGGUGCCACACCUGCGACGGAUUACUUUGGAGCACGGAAUGCCGGCUGGUAUAGUCUGCUGGUGCACGAAAAGUCUGCGGAGGAGCUAACGCGCAAGUACGGCCAGCUGGUUGAGGAUAACCACGUGUUUUCUAGUCUUUUUGAUAUUCAUAAGAAGAUAUCUAAUGAUUACAUGAGAUGGUGAGCUAUGUUUGG